GACAAGAUGGCGACGGCAACAGUACCAGUCGAGUAAAGUGAUAGGGUGUGAUAUAGUUCCAUCUGUUUUUCCCUCAGAUGAAACAUGAUGUGGGAGGGGCCCGUUCCGCCGCCUGCCACAGUUGCCAUGGUGAUCUGAAGUGAGAGUGGGCAGCACCCGCACGAUGGACAAGUGCAAGCAUGUGGGCCGGCUCCGGCUGGCCCAGGACCACUCCAUCCUGAACCCGCAGAAGUGGCACUGCGCGGACUGCAACACCACGGAGUCGGUGUGGGCCUGCCUGAGCUGCUCGCACGUGGCCUGCGGCCGCUACAUCGAGGAGCACGCGCUGCGCCACUUCCUGGAGCAGCGCCACCCGCUGGCCCUGGAGGUCAACGAGCUGUACGUCUUCUGCUACCUGUGCGACGACUACGUGCUGAACGACAAUGCCACCGGCGACCUCAAGCUGCUGCGGGGGACGCUGAGCGCCAUCAAGAGCCAGCGGUACGAGUGCACCACCCGCAGCGGCCGCACCCUGCGCUCGGCGGCCGCCGCGGGGGACACCGCCCCCCCACCGGGCGCUGCGCUGGAGCUGCAGCUGCGGGCCGAGGACCGCAUGUUCACUGCCCUGUGGCACCGGCGCCGCGCCCUCAUCGGCCGUGUCUUCCGCACGUGGCUGGGGCUGACGGCGGGCGGCCGGCGGAGGCUGGAGGAGGAGCGCAGGCGGGAGGAGGAGGAGGAGCGGCGGAGGGAGGCGCGGGAGAGGAGGCUGGAGCUCAAACGGCAGCUGAGGGAGGAGCUGGAGAGCACCCCGCCCAGAAAGAGCCACCGGCUCCGCCGGCAGAGCCAGAGGGCGGUGGAGGCCGCGAGGCCGGCCCGGGCCAGAACGCCCAGGAGGACCUCACAGGCCCCCGUCACGCCCAGGCCCGCACCCAGGAAGAGGGGCGUAGAAAAGACCCCGCCCCCACCCAAGACACGCCUGGCAAAACCCAGAGCCGCCCCACUCAAAGCCCCCGCCCCCGUACACGCCAGGGGGGCGGCGCCCAAGGGCGGCGACUCGCCCAUGAAGAGGAGGCCGACGGUGACGCCCGGCGUGACGGGGCUCCGUAACCUUGGCAACACGUGCUACAUGAACUCCAUCCUGCAGGUGCUGAGCCACCUGCACAUCUUCCGCGAGUGCUUCCUGCGGCUGGACCUCAACCAGGCCCUGGAGCUGCUGGCCAGCGCCGUCAACGGCAAGCUGGUGGCGUGUGGCGGCGGGGGUGGAGCCAAACUCCCCCGCCUCCCACCGCCCUCCCCCCAGGCCUCCAAAAAGGGAGCGGGGCUGAGCGGGGGCGGGUCCCGCGCGGGCAGCAUGGAGCUGGUCCAGCCCAAGGAGCCCAGCUCCAAGCACAUCUCGCUGUGCCACGAGCUGCACACGCUCUUCCAGGUGAUGUGGUCGGGCAAGUGGGCGCUGGUGUCGCCCUUCGCCAUGCUGCACUCGGUGUGGCAGCUGAUCCCGGCCUUCCGCGGCUACGCCCAGCAGGACGCCCAGGAGUUCCUGUGCGAGCUGCUGGACAAGGUGCAGCGCGAGCUGGAGAGCACGGGCACCCAGGCGCCCGCCAGCGCCCCGUCCGCCCAGCGCAGGCUCAUCCGCCAGGUGCUCAGCGUGGUCAACACCAUCUUCCACGGCCAGCUGCUCAGCCAGGUAACCUGCCUGGCCUGUGACCACAAAUCCAACACUAUUGAGCCUUUCUGGGACCUCUCCCUGGAGUUCCCCGAGCGAUACCACUGCAACGGCAAGGAGACGGCCGCCCACGUCUCCUGCCAGCUGACCGAGAUGCUGGCCAAGUUCACCGAGACGGAAGCCCUGGAGGGCAGCAUCUACGCCUGCGACCAGUGCAAUAGCAAGCGGCGCAGGUCGUCCUCCAAGCCCGUCAUCCGCACUGAAGCCCAGAAGCAGCUCAUGAUUCACAAACUGCCUCAGGUCCUCCGCCUGCACCUCAAACGCUUCAGGUGGUCUGGGCGAAACCACCGGGAGAAGAUAGGGGUUCACGUCAACUUCGACCAGGUGUUGAACAUGGAGCCCUACUGCUACAGGGACCCUGCCUCCACAACCUCCCCGCACGCCGAGCGCUUCCUCUAUGAGCUGUCUGCCGUCGUGAUGCAUCAUGGGAAGGGCUUCGGAUCCGGGCACUACACUGCCUUCUGCUACAAUACAGAUGGAGAGUUCUGGGUCCACUGCAAUGACUCCAAGCUUAACAUCUGCACAGUGGAGGAUGUGUGUAAGGCCCAAGCCUACAUCCUCUUCUACACCCAGCGAGUUUCUCAGGACAAAGGGAAGCCUCUUUAGGGGCCAUUACCUCCCCGUCAUCUGUCACCAGGGGGCACCGAUGGGCUGGACCCCAUCGCCCCCGGAUCAGCACCAGCAGCUGCAGAGGAGAAUGUCUACCCCCCCAGACACCAGCAGCGCCCACGCAGCGUCAGGUAGCCUUGAGUGCCAGCGUGCUAGGGAACGGCCUUCUGGGCCUCACGGGGCUGCCAAACCAAAGUCAGCCCGCAGCAAUGCAUUCCCGAUGGCCGUGAUUGUCUCUCUUUAUUUCCAUAUUGGAAUCGCACUAUACAAGCAAUUUCAGGGAAGGCCCAUCGGUCGGCCUGAGAGUAGCAGCGGACUUCUAACCUAGGGAUGAGAAGGGAAUCAAAGCAAGCUUGGUGAAUUGCAUAGCAGGUAGGAAGUCGUGUGGCAACAGCAAAAGUAUAGUAUACACCGUGGACUAUCAUGGGAUGUGACUUUUUAAAAUUUUUUAAGCAGCUGGAGUGGAAGUCCUGUUAGCCUGAGCGAUUAGCGUUAGCGAGCAGACUGCCUUCCAGGCUUCACUGCAGCUCAGGGACCUUUUCUUACUCGAUUUUUAAGAGUAGCUUUUUUAAAGUGUUGAGAACUGGAUACAAAAAUUGCGCUUUUUACCAACCAACUCCUUGUGAAUUUCUUGUACAUGGUGUUUAUAAGGUUUGUUUAAAUCUGUAAACUUUUUUGUUAUAGUGUACAGGUUUUUUAGAGAAGGAAACAAGGGACAAGUGGAUUAGAAAUAUGCUUUGCUGAAUUUCGGACAAAUGUCACGGUUCAGAUCAGGUUAAGUCUUGUUAUGCUCUGUUGUUGAUAUCACUCCAAAUAUUAGUACCUGUGUGUGUGUCGAUGUAGAUAUUUGCCUUACGUCUCAAUGCCCUUGAUAAAUGUAACCCUGCAAUAGGGAAUGGACAGAAUGUCUUCAUGAGCCAGUCAGGUUUCAUUGCAAGUUGAGCCCUUAUGUACCGUCAUUGACUGAUGAAUUUGAACCAACCAAAACUCUUUGCUCCUAUCAGCAAUACACUUUGAUUCAGUGUAGUUAAAGUGCUCAUGCAGCGGGGUGGAUGUUGUCAUUAGUGUCACUCGCCUAUCCCAUUACCACAGGAAAAUCUGUGUAAAGGUGAACUCUUCAAUUUAGAAUGUAUUUGCAUAUACAGGAGUUGGAAUAUUCCAUUAGAUUGUCAAGUUAAAACUUAUAAAUGUUCACCUUUUGAUCUCAUAGGACUCUGCUGCAGUCAGUUGGGACUGGUUCUGGCAGGGUGAAUGUACAGACCUUGACCUUAACAAGUCAGGGAACACCCCCUCUCACCCCAAAACCACUAUAGCUGUUUGAUUGAAGAACAGGGAUCACAGACUCCCUGAUGUCCCUCCCACCCAUCUCAAACUGGCUCUGUCAUCACUGGUAUUGGUAAACUGCCACCACUUACAUCAGAUCUAUCACCACAUACAAAAUCAUUGCAUCCUGCUUGUUUGAUUUAGAGCUCUUAAGUGAAAAGCAAAAAACUUGAGAAUACAAGGAAGUUUGUACAAAGUUUCUUUGGACUGCUGUACUUUGGCUGAAGGAACUAGCUGCCAUGGUGACGUACCUAAACUGCAAAAAAGCCAUCUUUAGAAAAUUGUGUUAAAGAAAAAUGAGGGUCAUGGGCAAGUUCCUAAAGCAAAAAACUUGAUGUUUAAGAUGCAAUUUCUUAGAUCAUUUUGUAAUGAGAUUUUUUUCACAGCACAUUGUUGACCAUACAGAAAGAAAUGAUAAUCACCUACACCAGCAUUUGGCCUCUAGGCUGAGAGACAGAAGUAUAAACUUUUUUGCUUAUUGCCAUAUUGGGCGUGGAUAACUUCUCCAAUAUACAACAGAAUGGAUGCAAUUUGAUCUUCAUGAUGUUUGAAUAAGAUUAUUCCUUGAUGGAUUGGAAUGGCUAAGUAAUAGUUUAAUGUUAAUUUCAUAUCUCUACCUUCCUCAUGUACUUAGGGGUGUCAAAAGCACAACAUUUUUAAAAUUCAUUAUGUUUAUACAAAGUUUUUUCUGAUGUACAUUU